AUGGCAAUAGAUAAUGGCAAUGAUCUUUCAAUUUCAAAUUCAAAUUCAAAUUCAAGCUCUAAUUCCACUCCUAUAACGAGAUUCACAGGCAUUUCAACUUAUCCAUCACAAAACAGAUUAGGCUCUGGUUUCAUAAUAACAAGCUCUACCUCUCAUAAAAAAAAUCAUCCUUCUCCAUAUACUCCAAAACCUUGGAUCUAUUUUAAAAAAAGCCCUUUCUUCAAAUUAAAAAAAUUAAUUCGUAAUUUUCCACAAUUAGCUUCAAAGGCCCCUGACACCAGAGGAACUUGUAAAGUAGAAUUCAGUUUAACAUUCGAAGACCAAACCUCAUUAAAAUCAAAUCCAAAUUAUCGUUUGUUUUUACUCAGUGGAAUCUACGAUAGUCUAAAAUCUCAGAAUAAUAAUGAUGUUUACAUUAAAUUUCCUCAUCCUUUGGAAAUCCAUUUCAAUAAAUCUUUGAUAGACGAUAAUGUUAAGGGAAUAAAGGACAAACCAGGUACUGCAAAGCCUGCUAAUUUAACAAAAUAUGUCAGAGAUUUUCCUGCAAAUAAUAUCCUUGAAUUAGUCUACGCUUUUUCUAAAGACGAUUAUCUAGUCUUCAUGUAUAUUGUCGAAAUAAUAUCUUGUGAAGAAAUUCUAUCCAAUAUUCGAAAAUCAAACCCUCGUGUUUUAAAAUUAACAACAAAAAAUAAAAUUAUAGAAGAUUAUGCCAUGGAUGAUGACUUACUUGGUUUAUCUUUAUCUCUAUCUUUAAUCUGUCCAUUAACCUAUGCUAGAAUGAAAUAUCCUGCAAAAUCAAUAAAUUGUACUCAUGUCCAAUGCUUUGACUGCUUAAACUUUUUACAGCUACAAGAACAAGCACAGACCUGGUCUUGUCCUAUCUGUUCAACAUCAAUUAAUGUAGAUGAUCUAGCUAUAGAUGACUAUGUUCAAGAAGUCAUAAAACAAACUGAUGAUGAAAUACAUUCUGUACAAUUAAAUCAAGAUGGUUCUUGGUCUUUUAGAAAAGAGACUGAUAAAGAA